GGCGCCGAGCGGCAGAGCGGGCGGGAAGGCCCUCUGCUGCUCGUUCGGGCCGGGGCUACCUGGUGCAGGCAGCAGCGGCGCCGCAGCCCCAGGCCCGCUCAGAGACACCGCGCGGCCCACGCGGGCGGCGACUCCCUAGGAGAGGACCGGGUGGGGAGGAGGACGUGCGAGGCCGCGCGAAGGCCAGACAGCGAGCACCGAGGCCCUUACGCUCGGACCUCGUCACUGCACCCACAUGGCCUCCGGAGUGGGCGCGGCCUUCGAGGAACUGCCGCACGACGGCACGUGUGACGAGUGCGAGCCCGACGAGGCUCCAGGGGCUGAGGAAGUGUGCCGAGAAUGCGGGUUCUGCUACUGCCACCGCCAUGCAGAGGUGCACAGGCAGAAAUUCCCAGGGCACCACUUGGCCGAGUACGUCCACGGCUCCGCCCAGGCCUGGACCUCAGGCGCCCCCCAGGAGGGCGAGGGGAAGGGAGAUGUGGAGGCCAAGGUGGAGAAUGAGAGAGACGUAGAGGUCGAGAUGGGAGAGGAAAGCGAGUCUGAGGAAGACAGUGAGUCCGAAGAAGAGAGCGAGACGGAGGAAGAGAGUGAGGAUGAGAGCGAUGAAGAGAGUGAAGAAGACAGUGAGGAAGAAAUGGAGGAUGAACAAGAGAGCGAGGCAGAGGAAGACAACCAUGAAGAUGGAGAAUCUGAGGCCGAGGGAGAAACUGAGGCAGAAAGUGAAUUUGACCCAGAAAUAGAAAUGGAAGCGGAGAGAGUGGCCAAGAGGAAGUGUCCGGACCAUGGGCUCGAUUUGAGUACCUAUUGCCAGGAAGAUAAGCAGCUCAUCUGUGUCCUGUGUCCAGUCAUUGGGGCUCACCAGGGCCACCAGCUCUCCACUCUAGACGAAGCCUUCGAAGAACUAAGAAGCAAAGAUUCAGGCGGAUUAAAGGCGGCUAUGAUAGAGUUGGUGGAAAGGUUAAAGUUCAAGAGCUCAGACCCUAAAGUAACUCGGGACCCGAUGAAGGAGUUUAUACAGAAGGAAUUUAAGAAAGUUCAGAAAGUGAUUGCGUAUGAGGAGCAGAAGGCCCUUCAUCUAGUGGAUAUCCAGGAAGCAAUGGCCACAGCUCAUGUAACUGAGAUAUUGGCAGACAUCCAGUCUCACAUGGACAGAUUGAUGACUCAGAUGGCCCAAGCAAAGGAACAACUUGAUACCUCUAAUGAAUCAGCUGAGCCAAAGGCAGAGGGCGACGAGGAAGGACCCAGGAAAUCAGGGAAGAUGUUGACCUGUUCAAGCCAGUGACCCAAACAGAGUUAUACAACAUGGUGCCGGUGAAGAAGAGGACACAUGAAGGCUUGCCAUCCCCAGUGGAAAAUCAUUCCUUCCCCUUGUGUGUAUGUGACAGCGUAUAUAUAACGGCUUCUGAUUUCUGUGAAAGCUGCCCAGCGACAAAUGUUCUUCCACCAGAUACAACCCCAGACCCACACAGCAGGCACGUAUCUCUUCAACAGAUGACCAGUUUUAUGCUUACUGACUGUGUGAUAGGUCAAGGAAAAGUGCCCCCGUGAUCAAUCAACCAGGAGCAAUUCAGAAGGGUCCUUCGGGUAAUCCCUCAGUGGCUGCUUUGAACUUACUCAGGAAAGUCAGCCCCUAUAAUAUUGUAUACACAAAUACUAUCUUUUCAUUAGGAAGGAUCUGGAAUAAUCUUGAAGGGCAGUCAGAUUUUUUUUUUUUCCCAUACCUGCUAAUAAAACCCCACUCUAUUUAUAUUGAAGCAUGAAAUAAAUGAGGGCGAAGUACAACUGAACCCACGUAAAUCGUCUCUAAAAGCCCAGUUAUACAUUUGUGAAUAUGUGUUUUCAUGAAAUAAGAUGGAUGGCUCGAAAACAGGGUUGGAGAAAGAGUUAAAAUUUAGAAAUAUAUAGAGAUAUUUUUAGUACAUGAGGUUAUCCAGGACUUCAGAUUCAUAAUUCAGUGCUGUGAAAAUGAAAAAAAUGAUUGAAGAGGUAGAAAGGAAAUGACCUUAAAAAAAAAAAGGAGGACCAAAGAUAUCUGAUUAAAAGUUGAAAUCGUUAUUUCUGAACUCAGAUUGCCCGAGUUUCCAAAAUAGUCACUAAAGGAUCUGAUGGAACCUGAAUUAUUUGGGUGACUUCUGCAGGUUUUAUGGACCUUGUCACAUGAAAGGUGGAAUGUAUAUUACCAAAUGGGAAUUUCAGUGUAGGUUUUUACUGUCCCCCCUUCCCCCCACCUGCCUAGCCUAACUUGGCUUAAAUGCAGUGUGGGGAGAAUUCUUAUCACUCCGUGGUGUGUGAAUCGAUCUCUGAGCUCCAUCUACACCCUCUUUUUACUUCAGCUGGAACCCCUCUUCCCUUGGCACUCCCCACUAACAAAUCUGCAGAUCAUCUCCCUGUCCUGCUUUCUCCUCUUUAGUAACAUGAGCAGAGACACAAUCGUGGUUGGACUUCUAGCUUUUCACUUCCAAAUCACGUUCCCUUACAACCAAGUUUUUCAUGCUCAAAUGAGCAGUGAUGUCCUAGAGAAUACAAAACUGCAAGCUAAAUAAUCUGCAUCUUCCAAAACAUCAAUUUUACUUAAGAAAUGUUUGGAGUCAGGAGAUGACCUUAUUUUUAAAUAAAACAAACACAGUUAUGUGAUGAAAUAGAAUGUUCGUACUCAUAAACCUAGUUAAUAUAAAAUGGGAGACUUCGCAGGUAAUUUUUAUUUACAAGUUGGGGUACGUGCUUCCUCUCCACUGCCUUUAGUGGUAUUUUGGUAUUCAUUUCUGAGAAGUACAAUUAACUGCAUCCAAACAGCCUUGGGGUUGCUGCUGACUUGGGGUCUAGACUUCUAGUGCCUCUGAGGCAGAAUCAAAGGAGCCUGGACUGGGGGAAAUCUCUCUCUUCCUGCCUGCCUGCCUGUCUGUGACCUGGGUACCUAUCACAGAGCUUUAGGGCCAGCUGAUUUGUGUGUGUACAAGAUGGUUUUGAGGCAGAAACAAUACCUACUUACUGUAGAAAUCCUAUUUAUAUUAUGUUCAAACCUGUGCAUGCUAUGAAAUGAUUGUUCCUUUGAUGCCAGGAAGCAACCAGGCAUAUAUACUUCUGGGUUAGGAUUAUCCUAGCUCACUAAAUAUGUCAGGACUUAUUUAUCAAUUUGAGAGGAAUUUGGGUUGUUAAAAAAAAAAGUAUUUUUCUCUCAAACUGGUGGCUUACAAAUGGCUUAGGCAAUUUCAGUGUUUUAUCUAUCUGCCCGCAAAAGCUGGAGAAUUUGGCAUACCACUAAUUACAACCCCCAGCCAUAUCCAACAAAACUACCCUUAAAGAAAGACAAUGGCCUCUAUUUAAAAAUCAGAAGAUUAAGAAGUCUAUAGGAUUUGGAAGCUUGUGUUAUCUUUCCCAAAUAAUUAUUUUUAAAUCUCUAAAUAGUAGCCUUAUCAGUGGGCAGAUCAUUGGCCUCACCAUACCCAAUCAUAUAGUAUCACUUUAAGUCAGUAUUUGGGAAACCCAAGUAUUUAUGCCAUGGAUAUUAACGGAAAUAUAAAAAUACAUGCCAGCCUGCCGUAAUAAAUUAUCAUAUCUCCGUAAGCCUCAAGGAAAGCACUUUUCCUUUUACUUAGAAAAGAUUUCAGGUUUGCUUUUUGGGCUCCUGCUGUCUUCAGCACCUGAUAAAACUUUAACCAGGGAAGCAUUAAACAGUGCAGCAGCUUCUGCCCAGGCUCCUAAGUUCCUGCUGGCACCAUUUAUCGAUGUGAGAACUAGGAUGCUUCCUGCGGUGGCACCAGCUUCCCCCAAAGCUGGAACGUGCUGCUCAGCCUCAAGCCCCAGCAGUAUGAGGCUUCCCUCCUGCCAGGUCAGUAAAAGUUAGACUGCUCAAAAUUGUGUCCUGACUGGAUUCAGGCUGCAAGUUUUGCAGAAAUCCCUAGGGACAAGUCAUCAAGGGAGGCAGGUAGUGAAUGUCUUCAGAAUGAACUGGGUCCUAUCCCCAAUCUCUGGCUGCCUUCCAAAUAUUGGGUGUCUGGGGACUGAGAGGGGGUUUGUCCUUUGAUUUGUUGUCUUUAAAUCUAGGGCAGUUCCAAAAAGUGCUUGGAGUCUCAGCUCUGCCAGCCAGGAAGGGAAAUGACCUGUAUUGAGGACUAACUAUGAGCCAGGCCCUGUCGUACGCCCCCAUUCUCAGAUAAUAAAACAGAUUUGGAGUGGAAGAGUCACUUCCAUUGAGUUACACAGCUAGGAAACGUUGGAGCCGGAUUUUGAACCCAGCUCUCCUUAACUCCGUGACCCAUGCUAUAGCUAAAGUACAGAGAGAGAAAAGACUUCAGGUUCCCCUGCUAUAGUCUGACCAUCCCACUUUAUGAAUUCUUUUUUAAAAUUACAUUUCGUUUCUGUAGCUUGGGCUCAGAAAUGGCAUAGAUGUAGCUUUAUUCUUCUACUUUAGCAGAUGCAUUAAGUACACAUUGCUAACUUAAGCUUGUCCCCAGGAGUUGCAGUCUCCCAUAAAUAGUUUCUAGGCCUUUAAGAGUAUAGAACUUCUCAGAAAUAGUAAGAGUGAAGGGUUUCUGCUCUCAGUUUAUUUUCUGCUGUACUACUGCAGAAAAGGAAACCUUCAUAUUUUAGUAAACCUGGCCUGUUCUGUGCUCUGUGAGGAUAUGGUAAUUCAAAGUCCAGUGGAUCUAGACUUUCUAGCUGAUACCUGAUAUGUAUAUGUGUAUGCGUACACACAUGAGUGAUAUGUAUGUGUGUAUAUACAUGCACAGACACACACACACAAUUUAAGAACUAAGGGAAAUUCAGAGCAGCCCCCUCAUUGUCUUGCAUACCACAGCAAAAGUUUCUGCCAGCCCUGAUUAUAAGUGUUACCAGAUAAUUGGAACUUAGGUGCUUAUUUACAAGAUGCUAACAAGAAGAGCACCUCCUUGGCAAAUGUUGUCAGCUACUAAAGCAUUGCACCGAGGUGACAGCCCUGAAGGAAAUUUUACUUCAGCCCUACUAAAUUGUCUUGAUAUGGGAAAUUUGGUUACCCAGCCAUUUUGAACACCUGAGAGUCUGACCACUCUAGUCAAGCCUGAUUGCGCAGCUGCAGAAUUCAUAACUUAUUGUAGUGGCAGGGCCUAGGAGUCCUCUCCCCCACCUAGAAAAUAUUCUUCUGCCAGUACCUGAAAUUUCACAUUCACAUAUGGUCGUUCAACCCAUGCUUUUUGGUAAAAUCAAUAGCAGUGUUGCCUAGCACAUCUGGAAAUUUUUUUAAAAAAAACAAAUCUCAUUAUGGAUGGAUUCAGCCCAGCCCUAAGAGAAAAGGAAGGCCCACAGGGGAGACUUCAGAUCUCAUUAAUUUUGCCUUUCCCCAGCAGUGUUUCUGAAGCCCCCACCCCAGCUCAUUCUUAAGUGCCAUAAGGCCCAGGCAGUUCCUGCCCUCUCGGAGGCCUGCAAGGUAAAACAGUAGCAUUUGGAACUGAGAACACACCAGAAACAGCAGAACAAGUGUCACAGCAGGAGAAUCAAAAUAAAUUAAAGACAGUUGUGAGUAAACUGGUGCAAAAAAAAAAAAAAAAAGGUGCCACAGAGCCCAUGCUGGGCUUAAUAUGGCCUUGAGGGGACAAUAUAUUUGUACUUAAUGGGAGUUAAACCUGACGAAUCUUUCUACAGUGACAGGCCACAAUGCAUGUGUGGGAAGAACCAAUGAACCCAUUGCUCUCUGCCUGAUUUUCUGUGCACACAUUUCCUCCUUAGUCAUCUUCCCCUUCUACCCUUUCCAUUAAACAAGGGAACACUCAAUCUUUCAAGGGAACUAUGUGUUUGAGUUAAUGUUUCAGUAUAUCAUUUUCAUACUGUAAAUUAUUUUGUAAGAGAGAUUUACUGCUAUCCCAGGAUGUUUGGAUUCAGCGCCCCUGUGCAUUUGGAAAUCAAUAAACUAUUACUGGAAAUAC